AUGUCAUCUAGCAAAAAGUGCAUUGUACCAACAAUAGUUCAAGAUACAUCACCUUCACGAACUGUAAGUUUCAAUGAAUUAACUGGUGGCAAAGAAAGAGUACGUAUGUCGCUAAGUGUGGAAGAGUUGGCAUUGUUGAAUGAAAUUCAACGUCGUGGACGAAUUAAUUCUUCCACUAACGUACGAACAGGAAAGAUUAGUGUUUCGGAAUUAAUGGGAUGUGGUGAUAAAAACGCUGACAAAAAGAAACGAAAAAAAGAUCGUAAUGGUUCAGUAAUGACUGCUGAGAGUAAUAAAGAUCACCAUAAUCUUUUACCAUCGAUAAUUGAAACAAGAAAUCACGGAAUAUCAGUCGAUCCAGCUACUCUCCUUGAUGUUGCAGGAUGGAAGAUUCCUCCAUUACCACCAGGACUUGUUUCAAUAACUCAUGAAGCAGAUCGUCAUCCAUAUCCAUCAGCUCUUCCUACAUGUAUAUUUGAAAAAGCGAUGAAAGCAGCUGCGAUUGUUCAUGCCGGUUCUCAGUUGUCACCUUUAUCUACCCGACAUAAUACUGCUGGUAGCGGUAACGGAGUAGCAGCAAACGGGAAUACGACUCAGUUAGCACCAUUGGAUUUGAUUCGACUAUUACCACCACUUUCCCCGAUGUAUCCAUUGAUUUCAGACGGAAUGCAACGACCUGCGACACCUACAGCAUUGGGGCAUGGUAUCUCUGCCCAUGGUUUGGGUCCUCAAAGACAAGUUAAUAAAAAUGGUGGUUUUGGUGCAGCUGGACAUCAUCAAUAUUUCAAUAAUUUACACUGCAUGCAAGGUAAUGCCCAGCAAGGUAAUGGAAGUAAUCAACUGCGAAAUAUUCAGCAGAAUCAGAAGACUCGUAAACCCUUUUUUAUGCCUUACAUGAGUUUGGAUGCGGUAAAUCGUGGAAUAGCCAAUGGAGAUCUCAUUAAGGGUAUUUUGCGUGUUAAUCAACGCAAUUACGAGGAAUCAUUUGUGGAUAAUCCUAUGGGCGAUGAACAGCAAGAUAUCUUGAUUCUUGGUGUUCACGAUCGUAAUCGCGCACUUCAUGGUGAUGUUGUCGUUGUUCGCAUCAAAGACAGGAAUUGUUGGGUUGUUCGUGAUGCACUGUAUGAAGCAUGGCGUGGUGGAAAUUUGAAAGCUAGUGUCGAUGACAACGGCAAGCCAUUGACCAUCCCACCAAUCAAGCGUAACGAUUAUGAAGUAGAACUGUCACCUGCUGAACUUCUUGAUUUGCCCGCAUGCGUUGGUAAAUGCAUUUCAAGUGGAAAGAUGAAAGAAGAUGUGCCCGUUACAAGUAAUCGACGAUACAGCCGUGAACAGAUGCUAUGUAUUGCUGCAAAGCUUGAAUUGGAACGUCGUAAACGAGUUACAGAUGAUAAUGGUGGUAUAGAUCCGCUUAUUCUGAAUACCAUAUCCAAAUUGGCCAUUAUAAAACGAACUGAUUCAUCAACAGGUCUUUCACAGUCCGGAACAUCAGCAUGUGGUACCUCUGUUUCAAGUUUGGGGAUAAGUACAGUAACGACAAGGCGUAAUGGAACUGGCACAAAUGGAUCUGUGCAGCGACGAUCAAAUUACCGAAUUUUAUCGGAUAUGCCUGAUGAGGACUGGGGAAUUCCUGACAUGUGCCUUCAAAAAACUGCCGAGGUAGUUUUUAUCAGUGAACAGAAACAUUGUCGAGCUGCAGUAGGGAUGUUAAAAAUGAUGGCUGACGGAAAUCGUAAUUGGGCACUUUUCUCGCCAGGUGAUUCACGAAUGCCGCGAAUGAUGAUACCAGCGGAACAAACGCCUGCUGCAUUUUUUGAUCGGCCGCAAGAUUUUGCGAAGUUCAUUUAUGUAGCACGAAUGGUAGAGUGGCAAGCAACAGCACAAUUUGCUCGGGGGAAGUUGUACAAAAGCCUUGGUUUAGCGGGUGAUAUAGAAGCAGAAACAGAAGGCUUACUGUUGGCGAAUGAUGUUGAUACUCGAGAGUUUUCGCAAGCAGCACUUUCAUCACUUCCAAUAACCGAAGCAGUUGAAUGGAAAAUUGAUGAAAAGGAGUUCAAAUAUCGAAAGGAUUUCCGAGAUGAGACUGUGUUCACAAUUGAUCCAGUUACAGCUCGAGAUUUGGACGAUGCUCUUCAUAUAAAGCCAAUUGCGAAUUGUGACGGAGCUGGUAAUCCUGGUUGGGAAGUUGGUGUUCAUAUAGCUGAUGUUUCGCAUUUUGUGCAAUUCGGCACCGAACUUGACCAUUGGGCUUUUAACCGUGGUACAUCAGUUUAUCUCGUCCACAAAGUGAUACCAAUGCUACCACAAAUGCUUUGUGAAGAACUGUGUUCAUUAAAUCCUGAUGUUGAUCGGUUGACGUUUUCGGUGGUUUGGAAGAUUAAUGAUCAAGGAGAAAUAUUUGAUGAGUGGUUUGGACGUACAAUUAUUCGGUCAUGUUGCAAACUAUCUUAUGAGCAUGCACAGGACUUUAUCGUUCAUCCGGAAAAAGAUUUUGUGUCAUCCGAGUUGCCGAAAAUUUUCAAUGGCAAAAAGUCGGAUGAAGUAAAAGAAGCAGUACUUCGCCUGAAUAAGAUUGCAGUCAUCUUGAGAAAAAAACGAUUUGAAAACGGAUCUAUUAAUUUCGAAAUGCCAAAAUUGAACUUUACACUUGAUGAAACAUCGGGAAUGCCUAACGGUCUUUGUCUUAGCGAACGUAAGGAAGCUAAUUUUCUUGUGGAAGAGUUCAUGUUACUGGCAAAUAUGGCAGUAGCUCGAAAAAUUGAAUUAUCCUUUCCGAAAACUGCACUUUUACGGCGACAUCCACCUCCAAAAAUAAAGAUGCUACGCGAUAUUUUGGAGAAAUGUGAAAAAGUUGGCUUCGAAAUAGAUGGUUCAUCGAGUGCAACAAUCGCUUCAAGCUUGCUAAAGUAUGAAGGAAAUAAUGAAUUAAAGCGAACUGUCGUACAGAUGCUAACAUAUUUACUGAUGAAAUCGAUGCAAUUGGCAUUAUAUUUCUGCGUUGGUUCGUUGAAAAACCGAGCUGAUUAUGCACAUUACGCUCUUUCAGUUCCAUUUUAUACUCAUUUCACCUCACCAAUACGUCGUUAUCCAGAUAUUAUGGUACAUCGCUUUUUAUCAGCAGCCCUUGGUUACUCUCCUGCACCUGGUUUAACUGUGAAAGAAGUCGAAACGAUAGCAAGUCAUUGCAAUGAUAGAAAACUAAUUGCAAAAACAGUUUCGGAAGCAAGUGAUGAUAUGUUCUUUGGUGUCUUCAUCAAGGAAUGUGGACCAUUAACAGAACGUGCUGUGGUUAUACAAGUACUGGAUGCUUCUUUUGAUGUUCUGGUCAUGAAGUACGGUGUUGUAAAGCGUGUUUAUACAAGUCGUUUACGAUUGGCACGUGAGCCCAGAUUCAUUGAGGGUCCAUGCCCAUCGUUACUUCUUUACUGGGAUUCUACCAGUGAUGGUUCAAAUGCUGCCAUCGAGCAAGUUAUUUCGAUGUGUACUGUUGUAGAGGUAAUCCUUUCCGCACUUCCGGAACCAACGAAAUAUCAGGCAGUAUUGAAGCAACCAGUUAGCGGUGAAAAAUUGUUGUCUUUGGCGGAGGCUAUUACUUCACUAAACUAA